GACACGAGGAUAUGAUUUGCAAAAGUUGGUGAAAAUAACAAAAAAUAAGCUUCCUAUUUAUAUUGAUAUAGAUCAAGGUAGACCAUUAGACAGGGUUCAAUCGGCAAAGCUAUCAAAUGAGUUGGGUGUUAUUGCUCGGACUUAUUUACCUUGUCCACGAUCAUUCAAGAAACUUGACUGGAAGGAGCACAUAAAACCAUCAUUUGAGCGUCUUAGGAUGAAUUUGGAUGUUAUUGACAUCGAGACAAAUCCAAGGAUAGCUGAUUGUGUAGUUGCUAUAUUGAAAAAUAGAAUUAGAGAUCAUCGUCAAUCUUUAAAGAAGUAUUAUUUGAGUUUUUCUGAUUAUGAGGAUGCAAGGAAGAAAAAACCUAAUGAGUUUAUUACUCAAGCGAAUUGGGAGGAUUUGUGUGAUUAUUGGGAUAAUGAUAAAACUAAGGAAAGGGCUAAAAAAGCAAAAGUAAGCAGAUCGUACAUGAAAACACCCCAUAAUCAAGGAUCCAAAUCCUUUGUUGUUGUUCGUCAUGAACUUAUGAAGAAGGAUGAUGAAAGUAUAAUAGAUGAACAACAUGAGUGUAAUAGGAUUGAAUUGUAUAAAAGCACUCACUAUAAGAAAGGAAAAGGAUGGGCAUCUUUAGAAGCAAAAGCAAACUACUGUGCAAUGCAGCAAAAGUUUAAGAAAGCUAUAGAUGAGAAUCAGGAUGUUGACGUUGACAAAAUUUGUGAUGAGGUUCUUGGCACUCGAUCUGGGUAUAUUAAAGGAUUAGGUUAUGGUCCAAAGCCAAAUGCUUCAAGAUGUGGACAUGCUAAGAUCAUUAAAGAUCUUGAAGAAGAAAAAAAAUAUGUGGAAAAAGAAAUAUGAAGUUGAGGUUCUUGAAAAUAAAACCAAUCGAGGAGCUCAAUUGACAAAGCAUGAAAAAAUGUUAAGGCAUAUAUUAGGAGCAAAAUAUGAUGAGCAUGAAGAAAAUACUAAAAGUGGAGAUAAACAAGGUGAUCACCAAGUUUAAUCACUAUAUGGUUGUUGUAAUUUUCUCAGGGAAAGUAUUGAUAAAGGAGUGGGACACAAAUUUGCAUGGAUUUCUUUUAUGAUACAAGUGGUAGAGACAAGUUAGCAUUGAUACUUUGGUCUUUUGAUGCUUUUGUAUUUGGAUGGUAACUUAGUUUUUGGAAUGAUUGUAGACCAAAUGGUUUUAUUGAACAUGUUAC